AUUGCUAUAGAAUUGAGCGCAAGCAUCGGAUCCACAUCAGUUUUCCUCCGGAACUUGAGGCGUGACAGUGUCUGUGGACAGUGAUUUUCCAGCGCAAAGAUGUGGCAAAAGAUUGCUCUGGUAACGGUGUUGGCAUCCUUUGCCUGCCAGCAGCUCGUCUGGUCAAAAACGGUAGCGGUGCAGGCAGCGGCAAAAGACGGUGGGCCCCGUGCCGAGAGUGAUGUGCUGAUCGAGUUCGAUCGGCUGUUUAACCAGCUGCACUAUGACAUCGAUUACAAUCUGCGCGUGCUGCGCAUGAACCAAUCCCUGGCGAUCAAGAACCUGAACGCACAGUUCAUCUCGCGGUUCGGUAUCGUCAUCACAGAGAUCCAGCAUGAGAAGCUGCGCGUGAAGGACGCCAUCCUGCAGCACGCCCUGGACAUCGGCGACACGCAGAAUCCGUGCAUCGUGGAGAAGAACAACGAGGCGGUGCGUCAGGCGACACAGGCGGCGUCCGACAUUAGCUUGGCGGCUGAGCUGGCGUACGCCGACAUGGCUACCGCAUCGCGCGUUUUCUUCUACCCGCAGGUGCAAGCAUUCCAGAACAGCUCGACCGAUCUGCAGAGCGUGGUGCUGGAAAAGCUGAGCCGUUCCAAUGCGGUAACCGAGCUGGACAUUACGCUAGCCGAGCUGGCCUACAUGUACGAGGCCGAGGAGGACAAAGUCGAGCGAGUGCUGGCCGGCGUUGAGCAAGAGCUAUCAAACUUCCAGGAGGUGGUGAACAACGUGCGCCGCGACAUCUGGGCCAUGUCCGAUGCGAUCGGGCGUAACUUCAUCUUCAACAUGGGCCUGCUGCUCGAGGAUGCUCUCGAUUGCUCUUAAACGCCCCUACAGCCAAUCGGGCCGAUCGAUCGAUUGCGUAAAAUUUGCGGGGGGUGUUUUCAUCUUCCGGUGUUUUGAGCCUGCUGCCGUAAAAAGAUAGCGCGUCCCGCGUGCCUCGCCGCAACGGGACGGAACAGCCAGGCCAGGCGAGGGAGUGUAUGCGCUCUGCUCAAUUAUCGAGAUAUGGCUUCUAAUAAAUGGUUUUUAGCAGGUAAA